AUUUUGUUCCCAGGUUUUCUGUGUUGUUUUUAACAGUGUAUAAUUGUUCAUGUGUAACUGGAUGUCUUGAGAAUAUUUCUAAUGCUUCUGAACAAUCAACAGUUCACACAACACUGACAUUAUUAAAAUAUUUCAAAAUACCAACAAACCAUCGAUAUGGCCUUGAAAUUAAUUGCAAAGCAACUGGAGAAACUGUAUCAGGAAAUUCCAGAAGACUGUGGUUUCACAGCAGGUCCUCUGGAAGAUGAUAUGCUUCAUUGGGAGGCUUCCAUCAUUGGACCAGAGGACAGUCCAUACAAAGGAGGAAGAUUUUGGUUACGAGUCGACUUCACGGCAGACUACCCCUUUCGACCACCAAAAAUAUUUUUCCUGACAAAAGUGUUCCACCCUAAUGUAGAGCCUGAUGGUAAAAUCUGUGUGGAUUUUUUACAAGAUGAGUGGAAACCAUCUUACACCAUUGGUUACAUUUUAAUGGCCAUUUGCUCUCUCUUACUGCAUCCUAACCCUGAGAACCCUGCCUCUGAAGAAGCUGCUAAUAUGUACAUCAGUGACCCCGAACAAUUUAACAAGACGGCAGAGGAGUGGACCAAGUUACACGCACCUCUUGAUGUCUGACAACAGACCAUCUUAGUUUAACAAGUACAAGCCAUAUUUAUGUGACACUUCUACAUUUUGCCUUUUCGGUUUAUAUUUCAACAUGUUAUACAUGUACCAGGUAAUUGAUAAUGACCAUUACACGGAUUUUAUUAUUGUUUUGUACCUUCUUAUGGUACUGUACACUAAUUUGUGAUAUACAGUGUGUUAGCAUAAUGUAUUUAUUAUUUAUUUAUGUACUUAAUGGUUGUUAUUAAACAAUUAUACCUCAA